AAGAUGGGUAAAAAAUUGAUUAGUGUAGUAAAAUUAGCGCUACCAGCAGGUAAAGCUACUCCAGCUCCUCCUGUAGGACCUGCAUUAGGACAACAUGGUGUUAAUAUAGUAAUGUUUUGUAAGGAAUAUAAUGCUAAGACUCUUGAUAAAAUUGGUUUAAUAAUUCCAGCAGAAAUUUAUAUUUAUGAAGACAAAAGUUUUAAUUUUAUAUUAAAAACACCACCUGUAUCGGAAUUAAUAAAAAAAUUAUUAAAUAUAAAUAAAGGUUCUGAUAAAUGUAAUCAAAAUAAAAUAGGUACUCUUGAUUAUAAUCAAUUAGUGGAAAUAGCUAAUAUUAAAAUGCCAGAUUUAAAUACUAAUGACAUCUCUCAAGCUAUAAAAAUAGUUGAAGGAACAGCUAAAAAUAUGGAACAAUCCUAUGAACUCAGAGAGGGAAUUGAAUUAUUGAAAACAAUUGCUAAUGCUAGGUUUUCAGAGACUGCAGAAGUUCAUAUGAACUUAGCAAUAGAUCCUAAAUAUAAUGAUCAACAAUUAAGAGCAAGCGUCUUAUUACCUAGAGGAACAGAACUUGCUAAAUCUGCAGGUGCAGAUUUAGUUGGUUCAGAUGAAAUAUUAGACACUAUUACAAAUAAUAAUUUUUUGGAUUUUAGUUAUUUAAUUACUACCCCUGAUUUUGUGCCUAAGAUUGCUAAAUUGGGUAAAAUUCUUGGUCCAAGAGGUUUGAUGCCUUCGCCUAAAACUGGCACAGUUACAAAUGAUCUUGCUGAUACAAUAAAAAAUUUUAAAAAUGGUAAAAUUGAAUAUAGAGCAGAUAAAACAGGAAUUGUUCAUAUAGGUUUUGGAAAAGUUAAUUUUAGUACCGAAGAUUUAUUAUUUAAUUUAUUAGCAAUUAAAGAUUCUAUCAAUAAGAACAAGCCAUCUGGUGUAAAAGCACUUUUAUUUAGUAUAAUUAAUAUAAUUUUAAUAUUUUUAAUUUAUUUAUUAUUUUUACCAAUUAAGAUAAUUCAAUAUUUUAUUAUGGAUAAUAAAGUUUCAGCAAUUUUAGAAGAAUUAAAGGAAUUAAGUUUAAUAGAAGCAUCUGAAUUAGUAAAGGCAAUUGAAAAGACUUUUAACGUAAAUGCAUCUUCAAGUCAAUUGAUAAGUGCCGAAAAUUUAUCAUCUAUUCAAGAAAAAAAAUCUUUACAGCAACCUAUUACUGAAAAAACAGAAUUUGAUGUGAUACUAGAAGUAGUACCAACUGAUAAAAAAAUAUCUGUUUUAAAAACAGUUCGUACAAUAACAGGUUUAGGUUUAAAAGAAGCUAAAGAUCUUGUCGAUUCAGUGCCCCAACCUUUAAAAAAAGCAGUUUCAAAAGAAAAUGCUGAACAAAUAAAAAAAGAUCUUGAGUCUGUUGGUGCUCAGGUAAAGAUUGAUUAGAAAACAAAAAUAAUCUAGUGUAUCUUAUUUAUGUAUU